CCACAGGAAAGAGUAAAAUCCCCUGCUCCCCUGCUCAGAAAGGAGACCUCAACAGACACAUGAGAAUCCACACUGGAGAGAAACCAAUUCCCUGCUCAGUCUGUGGUAAAGGGUUUGCACGUAAAGGGCACCUCAAGCUACACAUGAGAAACCACACUGGAGAGAAACCAUUCCCCUGCUCACUCUGUGGUAAAGGGUUUAACAAGAAAGGAGACCUCAGCAGACACAUGAGAAUCCACACUGGAGAGAAACCAUUCCCCUGCUCAGUCUGUGGUAAAGGGUUUGCACAGAAAGGAACCCUCGAGGUACACAUGAGAAUCCACACUGGAGAGAAACCAUUCCCCUGCUCAGUCUGUGGUAAAGGGUUUGCACAUAAAGGAAGCCUCGAGCUACACAUGAGAAUUCACACUGGAGAGAAACCAUUCCCUUGCUCAAUCUGUGGUAAAGGUUUUACACAUAAAGGACACCUCAAGCUACACAUGACAAACCACACUGGAGAGAAACCGUUCCCUUGCUCACUCUGUGGUACAACGUUUGCACAAAAAGGACACCUCAAGCAACACAUGAGAAUCCACACUGGAGAGAAACCAUUCGUUUGCUCACUCUGUGGUAAAGGGUUUACUGAUAAAAGACACUUCAAGCUACACAUGAGAAUCCACACUGGAGAGAAACCAUUCGUCUGCUCCCUCUGUGGUAAAGGGUUUGCACAUAAAGGAAACUUAAACAAACACAUGAGAAUCCACACUGGAGAGAAGCCGUUCCCCUGCUCACUCUGUGGUAAAGGGUUUGCACAUAAAGGACACCUCAAGCUACACAUGAGAAUCCACACUGGAGAGAAACCAUUCCCCUGCUCACUCUGUGGAAAAGGGUUUACCAAGAAAGGAGACCUCAACAGACACAUGAGAAUCCACACUGGAGAGAAACCGUUCCCCUGCUCACUCUGUGGUAAAGGGUUUACUGAUAAAGGACACCUCAAGCGACACAUGAGAAUCCACACUGGAGAGAAACCAUUCGUCUGCUCCCUCUGUGGUAAAGGGUUUGCACAUAAAGGAAACUUAAACAAACACAUGAGAACCCACACUGGAGAGAACCUGUAG